AUGAUAGCUACGAUCCUAGUGGUCUUAUUUGUUGCAUAUUUGUUGAGAAAUGUGUUCUCGGGGAUUGAGAUUUCCAACCCGAAUAAAGGUGAGACAGCAGAAACUAUUGUUGAAGGCAAAUUUACCCCCGUAAGUUUAGCAAAAUACAAUGGUAGUGACGAUCCCAAGAUAUUCAUUGCUGUUAGAAAUAGAGUGUUCAAUGUGACAAUGGGAGCAGCCUUUUAUGGUCCUGGUGGGCCUUACGAGAACUUUGCAGGUAGAGACGCUUCUCGUGGGUUAUCCAAAAAUUCCUUUGAGUUAGAAUGCUUGACACCUGUAGACCAACCAAUUGACCCUUUAGAUAACUUGACUAGCGAUGAGAUAGAAUCCUUAGACAGCUGGGAAGAGCAUUUUGAAAAUAAAUAUCCUGUGGUGGGUACGCUCCAUGAAAACGACACAGUUUGA